CCCCGCAACGCGUCCGGUUCGUGAACUUUCUUCGGACUCUUCGGAGAGCCUUAGGGCCGUUAUUUAUUCUUCCCUCGCGCCGAAGCUAAGAUGUCUUCCUGUCCUCCGAGCUUCCUUCAAUUCCGUGGUAGGCAUGGUAAAUGUCGGUGGGAGGUCUAAAGGUUGCUCUAAUUGCCGCAGACGGCGCGUGAAGUGCGAUGAAAGACGGCCCAUUUGUGUUCGAUGUGAAAGAAUUGGAAUUUCAUGUACCGGCGUGAAGGAGACUGCGUUCAUCGAUACCAAUAUUCGAUUCCAAUUCGAUGGGAGAGGCAAAGACUUGGUGCUGCCAUCAAGGAAAACGGCAAACAAUAAUUUUCAAGCACCUGAACUUGGCAUUCCUAUUUCGCGGACACUUAGCUACUCUGCCGUCCAAGAUGACUUCUGCAUCCUUUACACGAGAGAUCAGAUCCUACGAGGCGGCCCAAUUGAACUCGCUUCGGAGCUCGUUCAAGAGAUGAUACCUUCCCAGCAGACAAAGUACUCCAGAAUACUAGAAAGCGCUGUAAUGGGUCUUUCAAUGUCAUUCUUUGGCUCUCAGCAUAGGGACUCUCGACUCGCCCAUCUUGGAUCCUUGAAAUACGGAGCAGCGCUGAAAGGCCUUAACGAUGUACUCUUGGAUCCUGAGUGUUUUAUGAGCGAUCAUGUCCUCCUCACCGUGGUGACAAUGAUCAUGUAUGAGGCCUUUUACCCAACGGGCAACGAUAAUUACCUGAAGCAUGUCCUCGGAUUAGAGCGACUUCUUGAGCUCCGCGGACCCCUCGCUCUCUUCUCAUCAUCAUACACGGCCCGCAUAUUCAGAAGUCUGAGGCGUAUUCUGAUUUUUUCUUGUAUCAACAUGUCAAAACUCUCGAUAAUGGCGCUUAAUGAGUGGAGACGAGAACCAAGAGACAGCUAUAGCUUUGAGGAGCAUAAGCAAGAGGAGCAGCUGGACUUUCUGGCUGAUUGGAUGGUUUUACGCAGUGAGCGAGACGCUUUUGCGUCAAAACGCCAAUAUCGGAACGACAGAAAGCUCUAUGAAGAAUAUGAGAGGUUGUUGCGAAAGGCGGAAGCAUUGAGAGACAGAUUAAGUGCUUGGGGCCAAGAAUGGCUUAUCGAGAACACGCACGCCUCCCAUUCUGUCCCGACAACAGCUUACAGGCUUGAGGAUGAUGAGAGUACUAAACAUGAGCUUCAGGUGCUACCAAUCGAAUGCUCGAAUCCGGGAACGGCCACAAUGUUAAUCCUCUACAACGUAACGCUCAUAUACAUUCUGGAGAUCCUAGAUUCCUUACCUCCGCUUAAAUCUGGAACCCCGAACAUUGAUACUGCCCGAGCAGAACGAUACCCUAAACCGGAAAGCCCUAUGAACGAUUCGGAUUUUGGUGAUCAGCCUGUGAAUCUUCCCGCCAAUCCCGACGGUGUAUACCACUCCACAAUUCGGGAUGCCUCGCUCGAAAUUUGCCGCGGUCUCAAGUACCAACUUGCUCAUAGCUCGCAAUUGGGCAGCUCAUCUCUGCUAGUCGGAUAUAUCGCGGUGAAGACGGCGUUUCGGGCGCUAGGUGGGGUCGAACAGUCUGAGGGUCAAGUCAUAUACGACUUAGUCGUACACGGGACAACUGUCGCGAACAAGAUAUGGACCUCCGAUGGACGGAUAGAAAGAGUGGAAAUGAGGUCUUCUAUCGAUUCGAAGACACCCAAGACCCACAAUAGCAUCAUUCGCCUUGUCUCGUGCAGACCGGAGGGCCAACCGCGAUCGAAUUCGCAUAUAACCACGUGAUAUCACAACUCUCCGGCCUCAACAUCGUUCUACCCACUCCGAAUUCCAACCGAAAUGGCAGAAUUUUACAGGCCACUAAACAAUAUGAAUACAAGUCCAAGUCACUCCUCAACUACGAACACCAUGGCGCUCUUUAAGAUCGUGACAUCUAAGGGCCGACGAGAUUGAGACUAGAGCUGGACUUAAGUUAUAGUGGCUUCAGGCCAUUUAAAGUCUGAGAAGGCAGCGAUAGGAAUCGCGAGGAGAAAGUCAGUGAUGGUCACGUGACCAGGAUGUUUGGUACGGCAUUGGCCCUAUACAAGCCUCUUCGUCAUAGGCAACACCUUUAUGUCCUAUCUGACGCUUCUUAUCAUCAAGCUUA